UGAAAGUUCUUUUAGGUCCCUCCACUUGGAGGUAGCUUCGCGAGUCAAGUGACGAUAAUGCAUACAGCUUUAAUUAUGUACAUGUUUUGACUUCUGUUCGCUUCCAUCUUAGCGCUCUUCUAGAAUUCUAUGUCUUGCACCUUCUCACCUCUUUUUUUGUACAGUGUAUACUUAACGCGUGCGGAGUCCCGUCGUCCAUUCCUCAGCGUUUUUUUCAUCACUCGUUGAGACUUUUCCAGUGUACAACCUCUAGAUGGAGUAUUCGUCUGAAGAUAUCGCAGCCGCCAGGAGCUUGCAGUUCGCUUCGUACAUAUAUGCGUCGAUGGCUACAUUCUGGGUCUAUGAUUAUGCAUGUUCACUUCACGGAGAGUGGACAUUUUUGCUUCGAUCGCACUGGAGCAAGCUAAAGGGCUUGUAUGUUGUUACACGAUACCUACCCUUUAUCAUUCUCACAAUAAGUCUAUAUCUGGGCUUUACCCCGAGUGGGAACUCAGGUAGAUGCCGAAUGUUUUACAGUAUCAACACAUGUCUUUGUAUAGUAUCAGUCAUUUGCUCCGAAUGCUUUUUUAUCCUCAGAACAUACGCGCUCUGGAACAAGAAUAGAAUCUUACUCGUGGCCAUGCUGUCCGCCUUUUUCAUUUCUCUCGCAGCAUCCUUCUGCAUUAGCUUCGCCACUGUCGCUCCCGCAGCAUAUGCAACUAGCGCGGUCCCGGGCAUCACAGGGUGCUACCAGAGCUCGACUAGUUUCCACCUCUUCAUACCAUUUCUUCUCCUUUUCGCAUUCGAACUGGGACUCAUGACACUCACGCUCAUACGCGCCAUACAGAGCUGGCGGAUAAACCCAACCCGUCUGUACGUUGCCCUGGUGAAACAUAACAUAUUCUAUUAUACAUGUGGAUUUUUGCUCUCGGUAACGAACAUAUUCGCAUCAUUGUUCCUCCAGUAUUCCUACCCCGCCUUGUUGUAUGAUUUCCAGUUCGUGAUGCUCGCAAUCCUCGCCACGCGCAUGCACCUCCAUCUCUGGCAGAUGAGCCAACGUGCACAUAACUCUGGCGCCAUUAUGUAUAUUCCAAUGUCUGACAUGUCACCUGUAACUUCUACGACGUAAUGUCUUACUAUCUAGUGGUUGAUUCGGUGUUGUUCGUGGAGCGGGGCUUGGGCUGUACGAGAUGAUUGGUGGGGGUGGAUUUGGUAGAGUUCACUAUGUGCUUGACUUAUAGGACGAGUCUGUUGCGGGGCAGAGGAGCAUAGAAGGACUCUCCUUCGGUCGGCUCUUCGACGAUAUACUGUGUUUGCAGAGGCAA